AUGGAAAAAGAAAUUAAAAGAUGUGUCAAUUUUAAUAGUCGUGAAAAAGAUAUUUUAUUAUCUUUAGUUCAGAAAUAUGUUAAAUGUUUAGAAAACAAAAAAACCAAUGCAGUGGCCUGGGAGUUUAACUCAAGUCAAACGAGUGGUUUCAGGACAGAGGUUAAGCCGAUAAUAAUCUACUUGGCAUCUAGCAACACGGCUUUAUAUGACCAGGUUCCGAUGCCGACUUCUAGUAAAUUUGAUGAUAGUGAUCGUGACCCGGAUUUCGAUGAGUCACCAAGUGCUAGUAAGGAUAAUGAUUCCUCAGACUCAAUUGGAGACGAAAAUAAUGCAAAUUUGUCAGUCGUCUAUUUACAAUUUCCUUUAUUUUUAGGUAGAAUAGUUUGGAAUAUACCUUACAUAUCAAACAUUCAAAACCUAAUCUACAACGAAAAUAACGAGUUAGUAGAAAUUAAUCCGGAUAUUACCAAGACUUUACACGAUGGAGAACCAAUUUUGUAA